UCGGGUGUAAGGUUGUUUGUUUCAUGGGAUGCGAGCCGCAUGUGUUCUAUCACUUCGCGUAGAGGUUUAUUGCUUUAUUCUAACGUACCACGUUGACACAGACUUCAUUUUUGGCAAUACCUUAAUCGAAGCCCCUACCUUUCAUUUUCGUGACGUGUCGAGUCGAACUAUCAGAAAAAAUGAGGGUUAUUCGUGCUAGAUUAAUAGGCAGGUGUUUCUUUGUGUUUUGCCUUCUAAUUAUUUGCUAUUGUGGUGCUAUGUUGUGUCUGUUUGGUACCCAAGCCGUUUCCGAUAGUAUCUUUUUUGCUUCUCUGUUAUCGAGGCGACGAACAGUGAUACAGGGUGGUGACGACGCAAAUCCGGAUGUUCGCAUCAAACGAGAUCAUGUGAAGAGUAUGAUGCAACAUGCUUGGAACGGUUACGUUCAGUAUGCCUGGGGAGCAAAUGAACUCUGUCCUAUCAGCCGGAAACCGCAUAAUGAUUCUAUUUACGGCUCUACCCCAUUGGGCGCUACUAUUGUAGACAGUCUUGAUACUCUCUUCAUCAUGGGAAUGAUGGACGAAUUCGCCGCUGCUAGAGAUUGGAUUGAAAAUGACAUGAACUUGGAUGAGGCCAACGUCGAGUUACCUCUUUUUGAAGUAAACAUUCGUUUAGUUGGCGGUCUUCUAGCUGCGUUUGCUUUGACAGGCGACAACUUAUUUCGCCAACGAGCCGAAGAGGUUGCUGAGAGAAUGUUGCCAGCUUUUGACAACGUUACUAGCAUUCCUAAUGGUCGGAUUAAUUUGGGCGCUAAAACCAGUUCCGGUGGUUGGCCAGUUCUAGCAGAGUGGGGCACCUUAAGCCUCGAAUUUAACUAUCUCAGCGAUGUGACCGGAUCAGGUGUGUAUCGAUCGCACAUCCGCCGGAUAUACGAGACGACGAUAAAUUUGAUGGUUAACAUGGAUGGCCUUUAUCCUGUGAAUAUCCGAAUGCGUAAAAACAAGACGAAAUUCGACGACGAUGACACACGCAUUCAUUGGAACAAUUUCGAUAAGUACACCCUGGGGGCUGCUGGGGAUUCCUUUUAUGAAUACUUGCUCAAAAGUUGGCUGCAAAGUGGUAAAACGGAUGAGAACUCUCUGACACUGUACCUCCAAGCGGUCAACGGCGUAUUUAAAAAAUUGGUCAGGACUUCCAAAAAAAGCAAUUUAACCUUUCUGGUUGAAAUCGAGUACGAACGUGAACAAAGUGUUAUGGGGCAUUUAACCUGCUUUGCUGGAGGACUAUUUGCACUUGGUGGCAAGGCCCUUGGACUCGAGCGUCACGUGGAACUGGGCGCUGCCUUGACGUCUACCUGUCACCAAUCUUACGUCCGUACCCCAACCAAGUUGGGACCAGAAACGUUUGAGUUCACUGACGACCUGGAAGCUGAAGUCGACAAGAAUGGAGCGAAAUACUACAUUCUUCGACCUGAAGUUGUAGAAUCUUAUUUCAUUUUAUGGCGCCUCACUCACGACCCGCGUUACCGACUAUGGGGAUGGGAGGCUGUUGAGGCGAUUGAGAAACAUUGUCGCAUUCCCAGCGGUGGCUACAGCGGGCUAAGAAAUGUCGACAGUGCAAAACCAGAUCACGACGAUGUUCAACAGAGCUUUUUCUUGGCCGAGACUCUCAAAUAUCUUUAUUUGCUUUUCAGCGAUGACAGUUUGAUUGCCCUCGACCAGUGGGUCUUCAAUACUGAAGCUCAUCCUUUGCCUAUUAAAGGAAAUGUAAAUCCUCUAUUUCGACCUGCUUCUGCCAGCCAAUUCAACAACUAACUUUUAUUAUGUUUCACUUUUCCCAAAACCGUACAAAUACAGCGUUUUACAUCCUA